UAUAUAUAUAUCCAGGCAUGAUUUAUUGGAGAUAGUAGGUCAGCACACGCUGUAAGUGCGUGUAAAUGUGCUGUUGUGGCUGUUAUGGAGGUUUCUGCGGGUGAUGUGUGUCGUUCCGUGGAGCUCAUCACAGCACGAGCGGAUCCAGAGGCUUCUCUUGAGGAGAGCUGCGGCGCGGAGAAGCUGCUCACUGAUCAAGUGUCUGUGGACCGGAUGGACAUCACAAAGGGUUUUCUGGAGGAUAUUUCUCGCCCGGCCUCCAGUGAGAUCAGAAGACCGAGUCGAGAUGGUGGCAGAUCUCUGGAGGUGCUCAGUGCUGACGCCACACACUCAGAGCAGGUUCACAGGUUCAGCGCACAUGAGAGGACUGAUCUAACCGCAGAAAACAGCUCUGAUCAAGAAGAGUCCGAUGAAGAAAAUGAAGAUCCGGAGUUGAGAGAAGCCAUAAAGAAGAUGAAGAGACUGGACCGGGUUCUGGCUCUCAAGGCGUCAGCGGAGAGAGAGGUGAAGCAGAGAGGAAAGCAGCAGCACCAGAGACUCUGGCAGGAGCUUCAGACCGCGAGUCUCAGCAUGAGCAGCAACGAGAUGGAGAACACCAGACGCUUUCUGGCACUGACACCCAACAACCAUCAGGACGGUGAUGAAGUGGAUUUUGUCCCCGUGUUUGAGACUGAAGUUCUCGAUCUGAAGAGUGACGUGAACACGAGACACGAGAUGGACGGUCACGCUGAAGCGGGUCAGCAGCUGAUGGAGGAUCAGCCGUCAGACAGCAGACAGCGAGGAGCUGCUCGCAGCAAGCGCAGACAAGACUUUGUCAAGAGAAAUAUUGAGCUCACAGAAGCGUCAGGAAACUCGUUUCUGCUCACGCAGCAGGAGAAAGAGAGAAUAGAGGAGCUGCUGAAAGAUCUAGAGGAAGAAGAGAACAGCAGCGACCUGCUGACUGAACCGCAGGUGGUCUCGUCGACUCUAUCAGUUUGUGAAGGUUUCGGUCCUGAACCGUCUGAACUCCACAGUCUCCGUCACAUUGACUCCAGACUGCAGCUGCUACUUCCUGUGCAGUACUUCCUGUCUGUGCGGAGCCCGUCGCAGGGGAGUCUGCAGGAGAACACAGGAGACGGAGAGAGACAGAGACGAGACGAGGAGAGACGUCUGCGAGAAAUCCAGCAGCAGCUGCAGCUCCUGGAGGAGAACGAGCCCCGCGGCUCGGUUCGUUUGUCUGACGAUGAGUUGAGGAAUCUGCUGCAGGAAUGUGAGGAGGACAUGAUCCGAUCUCCUGCAGGUUCCUCAUCAGAAUCAUCUCUCGGGACGAGCUCAGCUCUGGAUGCUUCUCCACGUCUCUCUGGCUCGGAUCUGCUACAGCACAGUGAGACUGACACAAAGAAAGAGGCAUGAAAUAUGAAGGAGACUGUUCUUCUGUUUUCUAUUUCGCUCUGGUUCAUAAUCUAGGUCCUUGUGCUUUUAGAGUUGCACAAUAAGUGAGGACACGAAAGUGUGUUUGCUUCCAGUCUCUGAUGUGUCUGCCAGCGUCAGCAUCACGGUCAGACUCCAGUGCAUCUGAAAUAGAACGUAAGAGGACAAAAUAAAAUGUUCCUUUUCAAAAAUCAAACCAAUAUGUCUUUUUAUUCAU